CAGUUCGCUCGUGCACAGCCUGAAGUUCGAGCGCUCGAGCGAAGCAAAAUGGCGGAACUCGAGGAUGUUACGUUAGACGGGAAACCGCUUCAUUCGCUUCGCGUAGCGGAUUUAAAAACCGCCCUGGAGCAAAGAGGUCUUGCCAAAAGUGGACAGAAAAAUGCACUUAUUAAACGACUGAAAGGGGCUCUGAUGUUGGAGAAUCUCCAGCGAACAUCUACCCAACACAGUGGUCUUCAGCCCAACUCUCAGAUGGGAGAGGAGAUGAGUCAGAACAGCUUUAUAAAGCAGUACCUGGCCAAACAGCAGGAGCUCCUCCGACAGAGACUGGAGAGAGAAGCCCGGGAGGCCACAGAGGCAGAUGAGACACAGAGUCCUUCUGGCCCAGAGGAAGAUGAACCCACACCGACCAAGGAAAGCACUUCCUGCCUUCCAGACAAGACAGAGGGUGGAGGUGUGGAUCCUGGAGGAGGGUUGCCACAGGACCCUGGUUCACACAGGCUGGACACGGGCCCUGCUCCUCUGUCUCACAAAUCACCUGACAGUAAAGCUGUGAAGAUCAGACGUACUUCUUUUCCCAGACGCGAGGAAGUUGCCACACCUUCUCCUCCACGGGCAGUUGCCUCCUUGUCUGUACGAGUAGUUGGACAACCGGAGCGUCAAGGCCUGCCACUUAUGAUGUCUCGUUCCCAAGAGAAGGAAGGGAUAGCCCCAGCUGAAGCAGGUCCUGCCCACUCCGUACUACAGCUCAGCCGUUCAGCACGAGCUGCUGCUUGUGUCCAGGUUGAUAGCGAUGAUGAGGAAGAGGAUAAUGAUGACAGUGAUGAUGAUGAUAAAUGGGGUCCUUCCUCACGCACAAGAAAGAAUGUCAAAGCUCUUCCUGUACCUCAACCUUCACCGGCUGCAGCCCCCCAGCGAUCCCGUCGAAAGCUUCAGCCACCACAGCACAUCCCUCCCCAGCCUCAACCAGUCCAUCAGCCUCCUCUGCAACUCCGCCAACCCACUCCUCCCCCGUCCCCUCCUCCAGAGCUGUCCUUUCCUCUACCCGACACUCCCAAACAAAGCCCCCAUGACCAAGAUGAACCAGUAGACCUAGGAGAAGGUGACGUGCUGGGACCAGGCCCAGUGCCAUCUCCUCCAAACCUCAAGAGACAGGAUUCCAGCUCCAGUUCUAGAUCCAGCAGUCCAGAACCUUCAUCCACACACAAACCUGGUCCUUUGAGUCUGCUGGUCCGCAAAAUGGAGUCUGAGGGCGUUUUUGAAGGUGGAAACAAGGUGGGGAUGGAUGGAGAAAGAGAAAUGGAAGUUAAAGAGCAGGAUGAGGAUAGCAAAGUAGCGGAAGCACCCAAAGUACUAAUGUUGGCGAUGGGAACAAAUAUUCGUACCGAACCACAAAACUCGUCUCAGCAGCUUCAGCCACAGGUGUCAUCAGUUGAACAUCAUACUCAGAAUGAUGAGAUGAAGAAUGAGAUCGGGCCAGAGGGAGAGAAAGAUGAGCAGAAUAAACGUGAGGAGAAAGAAAAUGAGAAAGGGGAUGAGACCUCUGCAUCAUUCCAUAUGACAUCACACACAACUUUUCCACGAAAGCGACCACAAAUUUUCUCGGAGGUCCCCCCACCUGAGUCACUUAAGUCACCCUCAAAACCCGAGCAGGUGUCGGUUCUUACGGCAGGGCCUGAGUGCUCUGAAGAUGUUGCAAUGGAGACCGAGUCCACCACAACAAUGCCUGAAUCAAAACACACUGGGGAGGACAAAAAAAUGGAGGUUGUGGAGAAACCUAGCGCAGCAGAAGAGAGUGAAAAAGCAGCAUCUUCACACUCUUCAUCUGAUGAAGAUGAAACAGAAAAAACAAGAGAAGCUGACAAACAACGCUCCUCAACAUCACGUCAAUCAUCAUCAUCUGACUCUGAUUCAGAAUCAUCACCCCCUCGUUCAACAAGCUCUCCUUUACAGGAUAAAUCCAUGCCGCACAGCCCCAAGGAUAAAGAGCAAGAAAACAAAAGAGCAGAUAAUGACGAAAAGAAGGCCCAAUCUCCCAGGGAUAUAAAGCAGGAAGCUCUCUCUGAGCCUGCAGGCCAAGUUUCCAUGGAGCUGGAGAGCCGCUCGGACUCAGUGAGUGAUGUGCAACAGUCUGACCACCAGGGGGCAGAUGCAAGCGACUCUCGCCCAGAAGAGAGCUCUGAUGCCAAAUUGGUUGCUGCGCGCAAGAUCUCACUGAGCACAGUUAAAUCGGAGAAUGCUUCAACUGAGUCAGAGUCUGUGGGUGGAACCAACCGGAAGAGAAGGUGGGGUUCUAGUACAGCAGUCACUGCUAAGAAGCCAUCAAUCAGCAUCACCACUGAAUCACUUAAGACAUUAAUUCCAGAGAUCAAGCCUUUACAGGAGGCUGUGGUUGAGCUGCACCCAGAUGAGGGACGUCUGUCUAGUGAAGAAGACAUAGCAGGUCCUCGUGACGUGAAGGAACCAGAGGAGGAUCAGGACUUGAAGAUCAGACGCACAGUGACACAGAUUGUUCCAUCUGACGCACAGGAGAAUGGGGAGAACAAAAUGGAGGCUGAUGAUGAUGAUGGUGAUGAUGAAGAACAAAAAUGGACUGUAAGAGAAAAGGAAAAACCAAAGAAACGCAAGCGCUCCACUGAUGCUGCCAUGGAGACACAAGAGGGAGAUUCCAAGAAAGUUACUCCCAAUGACACUUUGGUGCGGCGCUCCAUCAGUCAGCAGAAAUCAGGCGUGUCCAUAACAAUUGACGACCCCGUUCGAACAAGUCGUGAUCUGUCUCCUCCUCGUGGGAAAACAUCCAACAUCAUACACAUCUGCAACUUGGUGCGACCUUUCACCUUAGGUCAGCUGAAGGAGCUAUUAAACCGGACGGGUACAUUGGUGGAGGAGGGUUUCUGGAUCGACAAGAUCAAAUCCCACUGCUAUGUCACAUACACAACUACAGAGGAAGCAGUGGCCACCCGAGAAGCACUGCAUGGUGUGAAAUGGCCCACCAGUAAUCCCAAAGUACUACGUGUGGAUUUCUGUGAGCAGAAUGAGUUGGACUUCCAUAAAGGUCUCUUGCCCAGUGACCAUGCAGGUGAUGGUAAUGACCCUCAAGCCUCAGGAACCUUGAACCGCCCCGUCGCCCCUCCCCCAGCUAAGCCCACACAUCGCGAGAAGGAAAGGGAACGUGAAAGAAAUCGCGAUGGAGGUGCUUUGGGUGUGAAAGACCAGUGGGCAGAAAGAGAAAGAGCAAUGGAGAGAAGAGAGAGGACUCGUUCCGAGCGGGAGUGGGAUCGGGAUAAGGUGAAGGAUUUCGGGAAAGAGGAAAAAGAUGGAAAGAGAAGAUCACGAUCAAGGGAUCGACGGCGCAGAGAGAGAGGAAAAAGCAAAGAGAAAAAAACUGAAAAGAAAGAAAAACCAGAUGAGCCUCCAGCAAAACUUCUUGAUGAUCUGUUCCUUAAAACUAAAGCAGCUCCGUGUAUAUACUUCCUACCCCUCACAGAGGAGCAGGUGACACAAAGAGCUCUAGAACGUGCCGAGCGAAUAAAGGAACGAGAGAAGAGGAGAAAGGAACUUGAGGAGGAAGAGGACAAAAAACGUGAAGAACGGAGAGAACGAGCAAAAGUCCGUGACAGAGAUGGAGGGCCCACAGGGGGAGCAGAUGGUGUUGUGGGACGUUCCGAUGAGGGACAGAGAGACAGGGGUAAAGAAAGAGAGAGAGAAAGCAUUAGGGAGGGCGAUAAACGGAGAGAUGCCCAAAGAAGGAACAGAGCUAAUGACUCCAGAACUGCAGGGGGCAGCAGACACUCUCGGAGCCGUAGCAAUACUUCUAGAGACAGACGCCGUUGAGUUUGUAUCUAUGUUCUGUAAUGUGUGUAUGAGAGUGUGCAAGCGUGUGAGAGAGAUCAGGUUUGUCAGUAAAGUUGACAGCUCCAACGGCCGAUAAAUGAAUGAUACAUAAACAUUCUUUUAAUUGUCCACAAAAGUACUACCAUCUAUAAAAACUCUCACUUCUUGGCGCAGUCUUGAUCAUGUCACAUAUUAAAGGAAUAGUUCACGGAAAAAUGAAAAUAUGUCAUAGUUUACUCGCUCUCAUGUAGUUUCAACACUUGUGAGACUUUGAAUUGCUUGAAAAAACAUAAACAUUCAUCAAAACCCUUUUUGUUUCGUUUUAUAUAGGGGUGAGUAAAUGGUGACAGAUUUCAUUUUUGGCUGAGUUAACCCUUUAACACUAUCUGCUGGACAGCAGUGCUGUUUUAGGGGAAAACGUUCAGUUACUGCGUUUGAAACCUCAGAGCAAAAUCUAUAGAAGAGGCGGGUGAAUCUCUUGUUUAUUUUAAAAACAUCGUCUUAAACAGAACAGAGCAUAUUUACAAACAUUCACAGAACCAAGACUACGUAAAUAAAUAUAUUUAGACUCCUCUCCACCCCAGAGUCGUUUUGUUUAUAGUUUAAUUUGUGCUACUUUAGGUUGUUGGAUAGUUAAUACAGUGUGUAAUUAAGGAACUUGAAGUUAUUUGGCGUUAGCAUGAUAUUUUUAUAUUUCUGUUUGUCCACUUUGUCCAAAUUAAAUUAUUUCCUUGAUUGGUGGAACGUUCCCUACCCAAAUGUUUUGGCCACUUGAAUUGAGCCAGUCCUGCUGUCGACACUGAUCUCAGACGUUUUUCAGAAGAUCUGAAAUUAUUUAAUGACUACUGAUGUCCAGAAAUCUAUAUAGAGAACACGUAUGUAAGAGAGCUGAUCGUCCCUCUACCCCUGUCUGUUCUCUUACCCUGGAGAUAUGAAGUUGUUUAUUCGUCUUCUCUGUCUAUCUGACAUGCAUAAAUUAACCUUUAUAGAGAAAAUGGCAAGAGGCCUUUUAAUAUUAUUUUAAAUCUUAAUGUUUUAGUUUUGAAGGUAAAUUGCAAAAGAUUCUCGUUUUGGAUUAUUUUCUUUAUCAAUGUACAAAGAAUAAAUAAAAUGCUUAAGGACA